ACAAAACAUUUCUUAUAUAGUGUCUUUGGAAGUAACCAUGUAUCAUAUUUUUUCCAUAUCAUGUGCCCCUGAGCUUGGCUAAAGGAAGCGCCGAUGCUGGGGCAGGCCUUGGGGGCUGCUGUGAGCAAGCUUCUUGGGGAGAAAUUCUUCCCAACCAUCGAAGAAAGGAAAAAGACUCGCCUCGAAAGGCGUCAAGGUGCGAGCGUGACCCCCGCCUCCCCGACGCACACCUACGUGACCAGCCCGUGGGGAGGGGGGGCCUGGCAGCGGGGUGCUUGGGGGAGCCAAGGGUGAAGUUAUUCCAGGCUCCACCGACAGCAGCUGUCGGGGGAGGGCGCAACACGGCCACUCCGAACAGACCGGUCGGUACCGAGCCUCAGGCGGUCUAAGCACCCGGCUUACCGAGAACUGAGCGGCAGCCCCUCUUGCUCGGGGAACUGCCGGCGGGACAGCUGAGCAGACGGAGAAAGCCGCUCCUCUCGCGAUGCCUGAAGGAGCAGAGCUUUUGCUGACAGGUUCUUGUACGAGUGAGGCAAGGGCCGAAACGCCGAUCCUCGAUCAAAGCCACGCCUCCGCGGGGAAAGGUUACCCGCUUGAAGGUGUGGCGGUGGGUGGGUGUCCAGUAACUGGUCCUUAAUUUAGGAAGGGCGCGCAAAAGGCGUGCCGCAGUGAUUUUCUAUAAUCUUGCUCGCCUAACCCUGAUGCUAUCCAGUAGUCUGUGUAGGCUAUCUGUGUAGUCAGGGUUUACCCUGUGCAGUGUGUGCAAGGAACCAAACUUCCCUCCAUCAGCGUAGUUGGGGGGGGGGGGAUAGGAGGGACAUAGAAGAAAUUUCCGUAUGUUCCCUUCUGUAAAUUUCUCAGGAUCCUUAACAAACAUGCCAGUCCGGGGGCCCGUAGUUACACCAAAGCAUAUACCACCCUCCUUGAACUCCCCUUGUUAAAUGUCUUACACUGUUAAAAUAACUCAGGUUAACUCAGGUCAUAGGAAGAGUACAGUAUGGAGUUACUUAGGCUAUAUUCUUUACAGGAAUAAUUCCAUUUCUCACAUAGGAGUAAUUCGGUUAUUCAGACAAUGCACGAUUAAUCUAUUAUUUUUCAUUUAUUCAUUAUUUAUAUACCGCUCAUCUCGCUGUUUGGGGCGACUCUAGGCGGCACUCAUUCGAGGCUUUAAAGCUCCCAUCAGAAGAGUUAAUUUAUGUCGCAGCCGUCGAUUUAAAAUUUGUCCCGACCAUAAGGGGGACUUGAUUUUAUAAAUUAUGUUGAAUCGGCAACAUCGUACAUGACAGCCUGGGAGGUUGCUUUUUCCUCUUCUGGAGGCAUGGGGGUGCGAGUUAAAAGUAUAAACUGCCAGGAAACGGUUGUACACCGGCUGGAGCACCCGGUCAGUGGUGGGUGAAAGGGCUGCUGCUGCUGCAUCUAGGCUGGGGCCCAAUCCGGCUUCAAGAGCAGCGCUGCCAUUUACAAAGAGGCUUACCCAGGAUGUUGGCGCGGAGUCUUAAGGAAGCAGAACGUGAACUGCCUGGUGUGGCCGUGGCGCGGGAAGAAGGCGCUGGGAAUUGCUCACUUCCGGGAGAUUUUGGGCCAAGCUCGUUUCUGAGCUUGAGUAUUACUACUAAGAUCAAAGCAACCGGAAUGAGGAUAGAUCUGAGGACUGCCGAGCCUUGGCUGUCCUGUUGAAGGUCCCAGGUCCAUCCUGCAGUUCGCUCCUCGAAUCCCAGAAAGCAACUAUCAUUCCGCCGCUGCGAAAAGAAAUUAUUUACCCCAGAUUAGUAACUUUAAAGUCCCGCACAGGUUCCUUCUCGCCUUCAAAGGCUCGGCUGCUACAAUGCCUCGCCGCUCCUUCCUCCAGGGUCGGUGGAUGGCGGAGAGCGCUCUGGGGGAUUGGAGAGCGGGAGCUGGGUUCCUCUCAAGGCUCUCUGCCCCAGAAGGAGGUUCCAGCGCCCGCAUCUAAGGGACUGGGCAGUCAAGGGGCAGCUUCCAGACACCUUUCAGUCCUCCACCAAUGCCGCUCCAGGCCGGUUCUGCCUAGAGAAAAUGGCGGGACUCAGAGAAAAGCCUCUGGGCACGGGAGCCUUGCAGGGUCCCCUGUCCCGAGUCUAGGCUGAUCACGGAAGAAGUCCCGUCUCGUUUGGGAUUAGACCGAACUGGAGCGCAUCUUUCUCGGGCGUCUCUCAGAUUGGAUCGGGUGACUUUUCUUCUGCCUCAUAAGACUCCGGCCCCGAUAAUUGCUCGGUCCAAAUCAGGCUCUGGAGAAUGGUACCGGCCUCCUGCUCAAGUCCACGAGGACACCUCGAACAGGAACGGGGAAAUGGGGGGGACGUGACCAGCGUGUCGGUGUGAGGAGGACACAGCCCUGCUCCGACGGGGCGAGGGGAGGAUCCCUGUGGCCACAAAUACUCAGCAAAGUGUGGCUGGAACACCCGCUACAACCAGAAGCUACAGCGAGCGGAGAUGCGUGAAGCCUCGGCCAGGGCCGAAAGGGGGCAUCUUCUUCCCGCGGAGCUGUAGCACUUCCCUCCGCAGGCUAAGACGGGGCGGCGCGGCACAACUCCCCGCUAUAAAAGGCGGCAAGCGCGUCCCUUCGAUCUCUGGGAGACGCUUCACUGGGACGGACUCCCGGCCUGGCUGGUUCCAGACGCUACCUCGAGGGCAAACGAAGAUGCGCCCCGCGAAGAAACUGAGGCUCCGGUUCUCCUCGCUGCGGCUGCUGCUGCUGCUGCUAUGGGCAGCCCCGCGACCUUGCGCAUCGAGCGACGACGAGGAGGAUGACGACUCAGGUCUUCAAAGGCACAAAGACCAUCAAUGGAGCUACAAAGACAUGCCAGAGUGGGCAUCCAUGUUCCCCAACUGUGAGGGUCACAUGCAGUCUCCCAUCAACAUCAACACAGCUGCUGUCAGCUUCAGCGUCAAGCUGGAGCCCCUGCUACUGUCUGGCUACGAUUUGCCUCCCCAAGAGAUGCUUCCCCUGAAGAACAAUGGCCACACUGUUCUUCUAGGUCUGCCCAAGAAAAUGACACUCAGUGGGGGUGGCUUCCCCCAGCCGUACCAAGCAGCCCAGCUGCACCUGCAUUGGGGAUUGGGGCACACCCGGCCUGGCUCCGAACACACAGUGGAUGGGCACCGUUAUGCGGGUGAGAUUCAUGUGGUCCAUUAUAACUCCCGUUUUGAAAGUUUCCAAGAAGCUGCGAGUGAGCCAGGAGGGUUGGCUGUGCUGGCUGCAUUUCUGCAGGUAGGGAUGGAAACAAAUGAACCAUAUCAGCACAUCCUCAAACAUCUGAGUAAUAUCAAGGAGGAAGGAGAGGAAACUGCAGUUGCUGGCUUUGAUGUAGCCAAGCUGCUUCCUUAUGACUUUGACCGCUAUUUCCGCUACAACGGUUCGCUGACCACCCCACCUUGUUAUCAGACGGUGAACUGGACAGUCUUUAAUCAGACAGUUCGGCUCUCCCAGGAACAGAUCUCGGUGCUGGAGGAGACCCUCCAAGGAGACGAUGAUGAGCCUAUCCAGAGUAACUUCCGCCUGCUGCAGGACCUUUAUGGCCGGAGCGUCCUUUCCAGUUUUCACAGCCUUGAGAAGGUUCAGCCACCUGGUGGUGGGCCUUCGGAAGAGAGAGGGGACCAGGUGGAACCUGAAGCAGGUACUGUUCCAGAAUCCCUGGCUCUCCUUGGCCGGGCUUGUGCGGGUGGGGCUGCUUUUUGCUUAGAGGUUCUAUUUCCCAAGGUGAAACCUGAUUUUUUACAUUUAACCUGAUCGUUGAAUUAACCUGGUGAUUCAUUUCAUGCAGGAUACUGGUGCUGUUUGCCUGACAAGGUUGUGCCAGACAAAGUCCCCAACCCAGCUAGUUAAGCCCAAGGGGUUAGCAGAUCUUGUUGGGGGCUCCUUCAUUCUCUACCCACAGGUCAACUUCCAGGAGACUAGGAAGAAAUGCCUCCCCUCAGUCUGGGGUAGUGGCAGAAACAGGCAGGGGGGAAGGUACUUCCCCAACCGUCCUCACUUUGCUUAUUCCCCCCCCCCCCCAAAGCUCCUGCCCCCUGAUGGCCACCAGGACUAAAGAGAUAGUGGGGGGGGGGGAACCAAACCUCUGUUGUGGAGAUGCAGCCACCUGCCUUGAUUCAAGCUGCGUAGGAGGGUCCCUUUCAACUGCAACCCAGAACGCAAGAAGAAGGAACACUCCCCCCCACUAUUUCUGAUAGGCAGUUAGACCUGGAUGCUUCUGCUGGGGGAGGGGGGGAGGAGCAGAGGAAGAGCAAGGGAGAAGCUGACUCAGAGGUUUGAGUCCCUGCUGUCUCCCUCUAGGUCGAGGUCUCUCCUCUCCUCUGCCAGAUGGUACCCCAAGAGAUGGCCUUGACACGACUUCUGGAAAAGGUACUCACCUGGCCACACCAGGCUGGAUUAGGGUCAGCUGGCCGCCGCCUCCUUUGCUUCAAUGACAAUCUCAGAAACUGGUUGGUGUGGGUGUGUGUUGGGGAGCCAAAGUUUUUCCAAAUGGCUUCUGGACACAUUCUGGGUGGUUUGUGGCCACUCUGGGUUGAGCCCUUCAGCACCAGCCCAGAGGAGGAAAAAGCGCUGGGCUGCUUCCCUCCCACUGCCUGUUCCAGAUCAGAAACCCUUGCUGGGCACAGGGAAGAGUACGUGGGUCUCAGGAGCAGCCAUUGCUCACUUUCAGCUGGGCUUGGAGCCAAGCAAGAGGCUCUGGAGUCAAAAUACCUCCUGGGGGAGAACAGUGCAAAUGUCCCCUGUGGGCAUGAAGUUUAACUGGCAAGAAGCAGAACUGAAGCUGCUCAUCAUUCACACAGGCCCUGCAGGCUGGGCUGCUGGCAGUUUAUGCUUCAAGCGUGUUUGGCUCUUCUCUUCUGGUGCUGUGAAUCAGGCUGGUACAGGGAGUUUACUUCUUGGGCACCACCCAGACCCAGCCACUUUUACUACCCUUUGCCCAGCUAUAGCUCAUGUGACCCAAACUCUUUCUCUCUCUUGCAAGCAACCAUAGCAAUUUAUUAUGAGCAUUUGCUGCCCAUCUCUCAGUGGGUGGGGGGCUGGCUCUGGGCACCUCCAACCCAAGAAAGGCAGCUUGCAGGGGGCUUUGGAUUCACUUCUUCCCAACCUCUGAGCUAUUCUGGUUGUUCUUUCUGCUUUGCUUCCAGAUGCCGAGAAACAAGUGGGCAUCUCCUUUCACACAGGUAAGCACCUGGGCAUCUGCUUGUAACUGGCAGUGCCAACUCUCCCUUCCCACUGCAAUUGUGAUGGCAACACCAACAGCAAUUGGGGCAGCUCCUGUGCCCAGAAAAAGGCCAUGUCCUUCCACAGGGCUCCCAGAGGCGACUCGCCUGCCUCUGAAACCUGGAGACAACUGGGGAGGGGCUAGGCAGCCACUUGGAGUGAAAGGCGGGGGAGAGGUUGCUGAAGGUGAAUUCCCAACAUUAAUCCUACUGGCUGGGUCUGUGGGGCUGCAGUCUGAAAACGUUUCAAACACCACCUUGAUACGCGCCCCUUCCCCCUCGGCUGGCUUUCUCACUCCCAUGGAGGGAUUCAUCAGGGGACCUUUUUCUGCAGGGGACAUUCUGGCUAUUCUCUUUGGAUCCCUCUUUGCGGUCACAGCAGUCACCUUCCUCUUCUAUGUUCACAAGCACCGGAGGCAGGCAAGCAGGUGAGAGAAAGCCCCACAAAGGGAGGCAGCACAGCCACCUCCGGAGAACCAUGUAGAGCCUUGCUUCGUGCUUGGCCCAUGUGCUCGUCCGCUUCUGUGCAUGCCCAACUGGGAUGCAAGGACCCCCAAGGAAGGCCAUGCAAGUGGGAAGGAGAGCAAUCCCCAUAUCACCUGUUCUUUUCUCUCUGCAGGGCACAAGCCACAAAGCCUGCUGCCCUCUACACUCCGGCCUCCACUGAUGAGCAUGCACUGUAGCUGGCAGCCCACAGGCCACACUCUGCCCCUCGCCCUUGGAGCUCCUUCCUGCCCCAGCCUCUUCAAAGCCCCAUUCGCCUCCCCCACUCCCCUGCUAGUAGCUGGGGUGGUGCUCAGGCCAGCCAGAGGAAGAGCAGCCCAAAGACAAGAGGGGCAGCCAGCCCAGCAAAGCUCCCCUCCGGACUUGUGAGAAAGCGAGGCCGCCUGCCUAAAAUGCAGGUCACUAUGCGCCUGAGACGCUUCUAACCAGAAACCUGUGACUUACCUUCAGACUCUCUAAGUGUUGCAGCACCUCCCUGGCUGCCAGGAAGCCGCCUUGGCACAAGGCUUGCUCAGCGGCUAUGUACAGGGCUGGUACCACAGAAAGGCAGGGAAGAGUGUGGGUCAUGUCGCGCGCUCUCCUUCACACCCUUAUUGGGAAGCCUCAUUGGCCAAAAGCUGGACUGAUCUGAUUAAUG